AGUAAAAGUAAAGAUACCUUAAUAGAAAAUGACUCAAGUCAAGGUGAAAGCCAACCAGUAAAAUAAGCCAACCAGUAAAAUAAAGGUAAAUGUAAUUGCUAAAAUAUAAAUAAUUUCACAUUCCUUAUAUUAAGCAAACCAGACGGCAUGAUUUAAGUACUUUUGGGGAUCAGGGAAAAUGUAUGGAGUAAAAAGUACAUUACUUUCUUUAGGAAUGUAGUGAAGUAAAAGUAAUCAAAAAUAUUAAUACAAAUAACUAAAAAUAACUACUUAUGUAGUACUUUAAAGUAUUUUUACUUAGGUACUUUACACCACUGGUAGAGAACCAUUCACCCCUUUCAUGUAUGGGACUAGAGGAUAUGUUAUGUAGUCAGUGGUGUAAAGGACUUAGGUAAAAAUACUUUAAAGUGCUACUUUUUUUGAGGUAUCUGUACUUUACUUUACUAUUUAUAUUUUUUGACUACUUUUAUUUCACUACAUUCUUUAAUAAAAUAUUGUACUUUUUACUCCAUACAUUUUCCUUGACACCCAAAAGUACUACAUUUGGAAUGGUUAGCAGGACAGGAAAAUUGUCAAAUGCACACACUUAUCAACCGAACAUCCCUGGUCAUCCCUACUGCCUCUGAUCUGGCGGACUCACCAAACACAACUGCUUUAUUUGUAAAUUAUGUCUGAGUGUUGGAGUGUACCCCUGGCUUUGCGUAAAUUUAGAAAACAAGAAAAUUAUGCAAUCUGGUUUGCUUAAUAUAAGGAAUUUUAAAUUAUUUAUACUUUUACUAUUCAUACUUAAGUAUAUUUUAAACCAAAUACUUUUAGACUUUUAUUCAAGUAGAACUUUACUGGGUGACUACUUUUACUUGAGUCAUUUUCGAUUAAGGUAUCUUUACUUUUACUCAAGUAUGACAGUUGGGUACUUUUUCUGCCACUGUAUGUAGUGAACCAUUCACCUCAUGUCUGAGAGUAGAGGAUAUGUUAUGUAGUGAACCAUUCACCUCUCAUGUCUGGGAGUAGAGGAUAUGUUAUGUAGUGAACCAUUCACCUCUCAUGUCUGAGAGUAGAGGAUAUGUUAUGUAGUGAACCAUUCACCUCUCGUGUCUGAGAGUAGAGGAUAUGUUAUGUAGUGAACCAUUCACCUCUCAUGUCUGGGAGUAGAGGAUAUGUUAUGUAGUGAACCAUUCACCUCUCAUGUCUGGGAGUAGAGGAUAUGUUAGGUAGUGAACCAUUCACCUCUCAUGUCUGAGAGUAGAGGAUAUGUUAUGUAGUGAACCAUUCACCUCUCAUGUCUGGGAGUAGAGGAUAUGUUAUGUAGUGAACCAUUCACCUCUCAUGUCUGGGAGUAGAGGAUAUGUUAUGUAGUGAACCAUUCUGGCAGUAGGGAGUCUAGUGUUACACACAUCACCUGAUCCCAGGUUGCACAUAGAAAGCAUCAGUAGAGUUUGAAGUCAUUGUUGUCACACACUCUGGUUUGUUAUAUUUACCUGCCUAUAGUCUCACUAAUAACAGGUCACACCAGUGUGAACUAACUUUGAAAAGUUGAUGGCGUGUCCAUUUGAAGUGGUUGUUGUAUCGUACUAUUCCAGUUGUACUUGAAGUGACUGUCUUUGAAUGACAAACCCUCAAAUGAAUGCUCAGAAAAUAAUUGUGUUUUGUUGUUUAACCUCAUUUAUCCCUAACCUAUGACUCUUUCACACACUGACACCCACAAUUGCAACUGAAAUAUCUUCAGGUCUUGAUUCUCUGUAUGUUUCAAUGUAAUUUCUUGGUUUAGUAGGCCCUCCUCGUUUUCCUAUUGGUGGAGAGAUUUUACUCUGUUUGUUCAGAACCUAGCAGUAAAGUAGGCCUACCUUGUGUUCCUAUUGGUGGAGAGGUUCUAGAGCAGACGCCACUGUGGUAUAGACAUACUGUAUAUUUCCUGUUAUUUGAAGGCUCAGUUUAGUUGUGAUGUGAAGCUCAUGUUGUUUUAGCACGAUGUCUGCACCCUUUCUGUGUUGUGCAAUCUUCCUCUGUCUCCUUUGCAGCACCCUGGCUGAGAAAGGGAACAAGGGACUGCUGGUCCGAAAGCAGGAGGGAGACACUAUGACCAUCCACUGCAGCACCUCUCUGCCAGACCAAGAAGACCUGAGUGUGUACAUGCGCCUGACAAAAGAGAUUCAAGUCCUCUACUUUCACCAGGAAACAGAAAAAUUAACCCAAAACGAGAGGUUCAAACUCAGAUUGAUGACUAAUGGAAGACUCAACAAAAUGGACAUCACCAUCACAAACCUGACCAUAGAAGACUCUGGGGCCUACUGGUGUGUGUACAGUGUUUAUAAGACACCCAAGCUUGAGAAGACUGAGGGGGAAGGAGCUGUUUUGGUGGUGGUGAAUGAUGAGGAGUGUGACCAGAAUGACGCGUCCUCAGGGCUAGGAAUGUCCUGGUAUCUGGUCCUGGUCUCAGCUGUCACUGCUGGCUCUGUGCUUCUCCUGAGUCUGCUCAUCCUCUUCAUCUGGGUCAUCCCCAGGUUAAAGGCAUGGCGUGCAACGAUUAGACCAACACAGGGCAAGACUAGCGAUGUCUAUGAAGACAUGCGCACCACCAUCAGACGUGCACACCCCCCUCAGAUGGGUUAUUAGUGAUGUUGCACGGCAGCCAUCUUUACUUUGGGCACCAACCUAAGACAGGUUGUUACAGAUGUUGCAUGGCAGUCAUCUUUACUUUGGGCACGACCUUCAGACAGCUUGUUACUGAUGAUGCACGGCAGCCAUCUUUAAUUUGGGUCCAAAUGGAAGCUCAUGUCAGCUGACUAGGAGACAAUUAUGUCAACAUACUGUAAUACAUGAUGUCAACGAAGGACUUUGAAAGAUAUAUUCUCAGGUUGUGUUAAGUAGCAAGGGCUUGCAUCAAUGAUGUGCACUUAUGUCAGUCAUUCAACCUCAAGGUAAGCUACCUAUAUACUGUAGCUACUUAAGUAAGUACACAGCUGACAUCACACACUGUAGAUGGUUGUUCAUACAGAGGUUUUUUAUGGUCCUUGACCCUGACGCAGCAGGUAGAAUUUGAGUCUUGUAAUUACAACCACAAUUUAACUUGAAAAUAGCACUGAUUGCUGUGCAUGGAAUUUCAAUGUCUUUAGCUGUACAUUCUAUUUUUCUUUAUAGAUUGACAAUAUCUUUUUUUAACAACUUUUAAAUGUUGAAUUGAUUCUCUAUUGUAUAUAUGUUUUUACAUAUUUGAUUGCAUUGGGCCUAUGCCUAUUUUUCAGGCGCCUGGCAACUUUUACUGCUAUUUUAUUGUAAUACUUUUGCAUUCUUUAGUUCCUGUACUGAUCAUGUUGUUCCUGUAAUGAUAGUCUAUUUUUUUAAAUAAUAAAUGAGUCAUAAGACUAACA